AAUGUUCAAAUUUGGAUUGUCGACCAGCGCAACAGUCCCUUUUCUUAAUAUCAAGCAAUGAAAAGAUUUAUCCCAAUUCAUUUGGGUAACUGUAACGUAAAUAAACGUUAAUUAAUUGAUACUCACGAAUUGCCUAGCCAGUCGUAAAAUUGUAUGGGGCCGACGGUGGUGUUUGCUUGAAAAUUUGGAAAAGGUCUGUUCCGGGUGCAAUGCUGCGUGUGUCCCUCAGUAGAGCUCCAACAAAGGCAUGGAUGCAACAGUUGGUCUCCGCCAACUUGGUCAAAUCGUCUACGCGAACAUUGGCAUCGAACCCAAACCCUCAAAACUUACCAAAACAGCCUUUACCGAAACUGCAAGCCACCUUAGAAAAAUAUCUCCAGACUCUCACACCGUUACUAAGCAACGAAGAACACGCUGUAACCACCAAGCUCGUGAAAGAAUUUGAAUGUAGCGCCACCGCAGAUACGUUGCAGAAGUAUUUGGAACAACGGGCGAAAUGCAAACUAAAUUGGUUGGAAGAAUGGUGGCUCAACACCGCAUACUUAGGUUUUCGGUAUCCUGUCGUCGUCCACUCGAGUCCCGGUCAGUCGAUACCGUUUGAAACAUUCGAAUCUGAAGACGAUCGCCUCACGUAUACUUCUAAACUAAUUUUGGCGGCGCUAAGUUAUAAAAUGAUCAUCGAUGAAAAGAAAAUGCCCGUGGAUAAAAUGGGAAAAUUUGAAUUGGAUAUGGAGCAAUACAACAAGAUAUUUGGUACCUGCCGUAUGCCCAAAAAGCCCAUCGAUUUUCUCUGUUAUAAUCGAAAUUCAAAGCAUAUAAUUAUAAUGCAUAAGAAUCAUUUUUUCAGACUGAAUGUCUUACAUAACGAUAAACCAUUGAGCCAGAAGCAAAUAUUCGAUCAUUUGAAAUGUGUAAUUACACAAUCGAGCGAAAAAACUGUGCCAAUCGGUGUUCUCACAUCUGACGAUCGUGACAAUUGGACCAAGUUUUACGAAGAUCUUUGCACCGGUAACGAGAAGUCGCUGACCGAUGUACAACAGUCAUUAUUUUUGGUGUGCCUUGAUGAUGCUAUGCCAGGUGUCGAUUCCGAUUAUCCAAAUAAGCAGACGAAGGGAGGUUACCAGCUCAUUCACGGUGGUGGUUCCUGUGCAAAUAGCGGAAAUCGUUGGUUUGAUAAAACUGUUCAAUUUAUUAUCGGAUGUGAUGGUAUCUUGGGUUUAACGUACGAGCAUUCGCCUAGCGAAGGCCAACCAAUAGCCUAUAUGGUAGACUUCCUGUAUAAUUUCAUCAAGAAAGAUAGUGGCACAGCUAUUCCAGAUAACACGACAAACGAGGGCCCUACAAAAUUGUGCUUUGAAAUUAGUGAUGCUACCACAAAGAACAUAGAAAAGGCAGAGAGCAACAUAGACCAACUGGUCGCCAAUUUUGAUUUGAGGUGUUUUAAAUUUGAAGGAUACGGAAAGGAUUUCAUAAAACAGCAAAAGCUCAGCCCGGACAGCUAUAUUCAAAUGGCCAUGCAAUAUGCAUUCUAUAAAAUGAAUGGAUUCCCUGCAGCACACUACGAAUCUGCGGCAACUAGAAAAUAUGUCGGAGGCAGAACUGAAACCAUCAGAUCAUGUUCAGCCGAAUCGUUGGCAUUUGCCAAGACAAUGUUAGAUAAAUGUAAAAGUGACGAGGAGAAAGUAGCAGCAUUAAAAGCUGCAAUUGACGCGCAUAAGAAAUACGCUGUGCAGGCGCUAGAAGGUCACGGUGUCGAUCGGCAUUUAUUAGGCUUGAGACUGGCAGCACGAGAACUGGGAAGCGAUCUACCCGCCCUCUUUUCUGAUGUUGGUUUUACACGGAGCACAAACUUUCUUUUGUCUACGAGUCAGGUGGCAACAAAGUGCGAUGCCGUUAUGGGUUACGGUCCCACUUCUCCCGAGGGUUAUGGGUGUUGCUACAAUCCACGUGAACACGACAUAAACUUUGCCGUUUCGCGCUUUACCGAUUGCCCCAAGACUAAUGUAGAACAGUUCGAGAAUUGCAUGACGCAAUGUUUAUGUGAUAUGCAAAGGGUUUUAACGAAAGCACAAAAAUCAAAACUGUAGAGAGAUUUUAACCAUUAAAUUAUAAAUAUUUUUUAUAAGAACAUGUUUUAUAUACAGAAGUAAUUGAGAAGUUUAUUAUAUUAUGAUAACGUUUU